CAUUAAUACAGUGUUAUAAAAUAAAUACCGCACAAAGAUGAUCACAGCUCUGUCUAUCGUAAUAACAACAAUAUUAACAAUACUCUUGUUGGUAAAUUUUCGUAACAAUAAGUGCCUUCCCGGGCCAUGGAAUUUGCCAGUUAUAGGUUACUUACAUAAACUGGACCCAGUGGCACCUUACUUGACUUUAACAAAGCUUGUCCAAAAAUAUGGACCUGUUUAUGGCAUCAUACUCGGCUCGAUUAACGUUGCAGUCAUAGCUGAUGCCAAAAUAUUGAAGAAGGUGUUAGCAAAGGACGAAACACUUGAAAGGCCGCCUCUUUACAUGAUAAACACAGCAUUCAAACAUAAAGGUACUAGCAUCAAGAAAAACAUACUCUAGGAAGUUCAAAAUUCUUGUAGGAGUGGCUUUUGCGUCUGUUGAUCUAUGGAGAGAAUAACGUAAAUUUCUGGCAAUUUUUUUAAGAACAGUCGGAGCCGCUAAAGUUUCACCAAAUAAGAAAGCGUGUGAGGAGUUAAUAAAAAAGCACGCCGAAAAAUUUAUACAAGCUGUGAAAAAUUAAGCUUUUUGCGUCCCAGUAGAUCCUUUAGAACUGCUCACCAAUUACGUAAGCGAUAUCGCUGGAAUCUUGUUUUUGGGUAAACCAUUUUCGUUAAAUAACAAGAUGAUUGCUGAUUUACAACAGAGUUUUAACAUGACAGCUAAAUCAGUAGGAUUUGGACGGCCACUAAAUUUCUUACCCAUUUUACGUUUCUUACCACAGUUCAAACACGCAGUACCAGCACUAAAAGACGCCGUGAACAAUGUUGCUGAAAUUCACACCCACCUGAUCAAUGAAUGUCAAAAGUCCAUGUCUACCGACGAUUCUCCCUCGAAUCUUAUUGAAGCGUUUCUGUUACGAAUGUCUAAAGAAAGUGCUAAGCAUAUUUACAACAUCGAGCAGCUGAAUUACCUUUUGUAUGACGUUUUUAUUGGUUCUACUAGUAGUACCACAAGUUCCUUAUCCUGGGGUUUGCUAUAUUUGGCCCAGUACGAAGACGUGCAAAGCAAAAUACGGCAAGAACUCAUGGAAGUGCUGCAAAAUAAAACGGUGGAAAUGGAAGACUUUGAAAAUUUACACUACACUAAAGCAGCUAUUGCCGAAAUGAUGAGAAUUAGAACUAUAGCACCGUUAGGAAUACCGCACUACGCUUCUGAAGAUAUUUGCGUUGAAGGAUUUACAAUUCCUAAAGGCACAAUGAUAACGCCAUUAUUAUGGGCCAUUCACAUGGACCCCAAAGUUUACAAAGACCCGGAAGAAUUUCGUCCUGAAAGAUUUUUGGACAAGGAUGGAAGAUUUUGUAAAUCGGAGCUACUUCUUCCUUUUUUAACUGGUAAGAGAAUCUGCGUUGGAGAAGAACUAGCAAUAAUAAUUAUGUCAGUACUUAUUGCUACUGUUUUACAGAACUUUAAAAUUCAACGUAGUGAUUGUUUAGAUUUUGACGGUCAUUAUGGUUGUACGCUGAAACCUAAAUCCCAACAAAUAAUUUUUACAAAAAUAUGAGUGUCAUAUUAGCAAGGUUCUACAUUACUAAACAUUGCGUAAUUACAUUAAUUUAUAAUUGCUUUACA